GACUGGCUGGCGUGCUGGAUGGGGACGGAUGUUGCACUCUGGCGCUGUGGAUCCUUUGACGGGGUCGGCUUGGACUUGGCCAACUGGGACGUCAGCGAUGGGAAAUAUCAACAGGGGGUUACACACACCCUGCAAAACGCUGGUCUCUUGUCGCAGCAAAAAAGAAGCAAAGUUUUCGGUAAGUGGUGGCUAGAGUGGUGGCGAAGUGGUAUGUGACAAUAUAUCCUUCAGGUGAUAUGCGAAGUUCUCUUGGAGAAGGGCGUUCCUCGCCUCAAAUUGCUGUCGUUCGUUCGUUGAACACUCCCGGGACGCAAGGUGUGCAGAAAGGAAUCCGUGGGGAUCCCGGCUCAUUUCAUCACAAGGGUUACAGUUCAAUACAUCCUAGGUUGGUACCAGCGUCCUGCACACCGUCCGGGGUACAGUGCGAGGAUCUGCGCGCUUCAUUUCCUCGCGUGGCCGCUGUCUUUGGGGGACCCUGGUGCGGCUGGCUCACCCACCCACCGCUGACCUGCACACAACCGACCAGAUGCGAGGAUGCGGGCGAUAUUGAGGGGUGGGGGUGGUUCAAACCCUUUAACCCUUGUUUCCAUGUGGUAAUUACCAACACAACUCGGAUCAAGGGCACGUCAGGCAAGCGGGCAGGGUCAACGAUGCACAGGUCCACCGCCAUUUGUCUUCACUCGCAGCUCGUUCCGCGGCUCUCUUCUCGAGUGCCUUCUCCCCCGUGCGCAGAAAGACGGCAGGCGAAAAGAAAACGUUGGAUGCAGGCGAGCCAACUUCGUCUGAAAAAGCUGGGGGCCAGCAGUGACCAGUCGGAUCUCGAUCGGGAGGACGAGAGCAGAUCGGCAGGUCGGGCCGCACAGGUAACGAACGGGAGAAGUUGUCAUUCACAUUUGGUUACCCCAGCCGCCCGAAAGUUACAGAACGCGUCUCCUUCCCGGUUGAGAAAUCGAGUGAGAACAGGCGAGGUACGGUUGAUUUAAAGUUUAGACGUCGGCGAAUGCGGCGAGACUAAAAAUCAGCGCUGGCGCUUGAGGUUGGGGCUUGGGAUCCGAGAAAAUCUGGGGAGUUUGGCCGAACUGGA